AUGAGCGCCAUCCUCAUUUUUGAGACGGUUUCCCCCAAGUCGGACGUAAUUGACAUCCGACAGCCGUAUCGAGCAUCACGUAUCAUCCCGCAUUGCAUCCAACAAGAGCUCAAAUCCAAGCAGUACAACUCCACACCUUGGUCGAACAAUUCACCAUGGAAGAUUCCAAAAAAGCUCUCCUCUCCCAAAUGGAAGAAUCCAACAACGGGGUAUCCGAUCCACCCCCGGCCUACGACCAGCCCUCCACCAAGCCCCUCCGCGGGGCACCUCUGCCACGCCCACCACCCCCUCAACCUGCCCGCUCUCAACGACCUGCGCAACAAACGCGUAAUCCUCGCCUCACAAUCGCCCCGCCGCAAACAGAUAAUCUCAUUCCUCGGUCUCCCCAAAUUAGAAAUCAUCCCCUCCAAGGCCGACGAAGACCUGCCCAAGAGCCUCGGUCCCUUCGAGUACGUUCUAGCAACAGCCCAGAAGAAAGCCCAAGCAGUCUACGAACAAGAGAUCGACAACGAAGAACUCGGCGAGCCAGCCCUCAUCUUGGCCGCUGACACAAUCAUCGUCGAUCCGUCCUCCGGGUCAAUUCUCGAAAAACCCCGCUCAGAAGCUCACCAUGUAGCGAUGCUGCGCUCACUGCGUGACGUCCGCGAUCACAAAGUCUACACUGCGCUUGUGGCCAUGGCGCCGCUUUCUAGUGCGCGGGAUCCCGGGUAUGCCAUGGAGACUACUGUUGAGGAGACGGACGUGCGGUUUGAUUCCGAGGUCACGGAUGAGUUGAUUUUGGCUUAUGUGCGGACGCGCGAAGGCGCGGACAAAGCCGGUGGGUAUGGGCUGCAAGGACUGGGGAGUAUUUUGGUGGAAAAGAUUGAUGGAAGCUAUGAUAAUGUCAUUGGGUUGCCACUCAAGGCGACGUUGAAGCUGAUUGAGUCCGUUAUCCAAAAGGCGGAUGAUGAGGAGGGGUUAUCGGAUGAGGAAGAUGAGGAUUUAGAAUAA